AUGACUCUCUUAUCCUCUCACCUCUUUCCAUUCUCCUCCGUGCACUGCCGCUCACCGGCAACAACAACCACCACUUUUCCUUGGAACAAACCAACAACAACAAACGACACUGUCAAGUUUUUGUAUUCCCCUUCAGUACAUAGAAGUGUCCGUUUAAAUGAAAGAUUUGUAACAAGGUUUAUUGUCCCUGCAAAUGCUCAAGAUCUAAUCCACAAUGUUGGUGCCACUGUUGGUGUUCUUGGCGGCGCUUAUGCUCUUGUUUUUUCUUUUGAUGAUCUCACUAGAAGAAACGUCAUUGAUCAAGGUCUGAGCAGAAAACUGGUCCAUAUAUUAUCAGGAUUGCUUUUUCUGGUUUCAUGGCCAAUUUUCAGCAACUCCCUUGAAGCUCGUUACUUUGCUGCUUUUGUUCCUCUUGUGAAUUUCUUGAGGCUUUUGGUGAAUGGUCUCUCCUUAGUUACUGAUCCAGGACUCAUCAAAUCUGUGACUAGAAAAGGAGAUCCAAAAGAAUUGCUUAGAGGUCCCCUUUAUUAUGUUGGGAUAUUAAUGUUAAGUGCUCUUGUGUUCUGGCGUGAAUCUCCAAUUGGGGUUGUUGCCUUGGCAAUGAUGUGUGGAGGGGAUGGUGUAGCUGAUAUCAUUGGUAGAAGAUAUGGGUCAAUGAAGAUUCCUUACAACCAAAAAAAGAGUUGGGCUGGUAGCAUAGCAAUGCUUAUAUUUGGAUUCUUGGUUUCAAUUGGGAUGCUGUACUACUAUUCAGCUCUAGGACAUGUGCAGUUUGAUUUAUGGAACAUUGUGCCAAGAGUUGCUUUUGUGUCUUUUGUGGCAACAGUGGUGGAAUCCCUUCCCAUUACUGAGGUGGUCGAUGACAACAUUUCUGUUCCACUAGUAACUAUGGCAGUGACUUUUUUAACUUUCCAUCAUUAAUAACUUUGGAGAGCAGUGUUUCUUACCCACCAGUGUUUUUUUAAUUAUUCUUAGCACUGUGAAAUUGACAGCAGUGGUACAUUGUAAAUAGGUCAUGAUUCAUAACAAUUUUGAAACUUCACAAUAUAAAAUCAUUUACAAUAAUGAUUUAAUAAAUAGUUCUUAAUUGAUAGA